UUUCAUGUGGAGUCCGGAAGCGGGUGUCCCCGUGUUGCGAAUCGGAAUUUAUAAACAGGGCUCUCCUUGAGAUGUUCUCAGGGUAUCAGGAGCAGGAUGACUAUGAGGACGAGCUGUACCGGGAUGAUGCAGACUCCAGUUUGUCUGACGCUGACAGUGAACUGGAGUUCCGGCUUUAUUCCCAGCUGCACUACAGCGCUGAGAUCCAGGAGGACCGUGAGGACUCGAGAGAGGUCCAGUCAUCAGUACCACAGACUCAAACACAGCAGAAUACCUCACCUCCUGCUCCACCUGUAGAUGUUAUUGUGAUUGACUCUGGCCCAGAUGCUACCACAGUGUCAGACAACACAGAGGAAGAUGACAGCGUCUGUGCUAAGAAAGGUCAAUCAUCCAAACGCUGGAACAGCAAGUUACUUUCAGCCUGUCUACCACAAGUUCAAGCAGGAAAGAGCUCCUCAGAUGAUAUUGUGGUGUUGGAUUCUGAUUCAGACGACAGCUCUUCUGAAUCUGUACCUGCUGUACCUGCACCCGAGGAUCUGGAUUCAGACUCGGAUGGACUGGAGAACUGGAUGAUUGUGGGCUGGGACAAACAGGAUGGAGAUCAGAGCAUCCAGCUCAACCUCUCCUUACCAGAAUAUGCAAAUGAUGAAGGGAAUAAAAAGAACUGGACUAUAUCAGAAAAGGAUAAAUGGGCUCAGAUCUGUAAUAAAGGAUUUGGCCCGAGGCGUGUCUCAAACCGUUACUACACUGAAAAAUCCAUCACGUGUCACAACUGCAGCAAGUCCGGCCAUCUCUCCAAAAACUGUCCCACAACAAAGAAGGUGCCAUGCUGCUCAUUAUGUGGGCUUCAGGGACACUUGCUGAGGACCUGUCCGAACCGUCACUGUUCUAACUGCUCAUUGCCUGGCCACACCUAUGACGACUGUCUGGAGAGAGCUUACUGGCACAAACGCUGCCGCCGCUGUGGCAUGACCGGACAUUUCUUUGACGCCUGCCCAGAAAUCUGGAGACAGUACCACCUUACAACCACUAAUGGACCCCUCCGCAAGCCCAGUGAUCCAAAUUCCUGCAGGAAACCUGCCUACUGCUACAACUGCUCUAAGAAAGGACACUUCGGCCAUGAAUGCACUGAGAGGAGAAUGUAUAACGGGACAUAUCCCACCCUGCCAUUUAUUUCCUAUUAUGACACAAAAAAGGACAUGAAUUGCCGGAAUCAUCGACUUAAAAAGCAGGCCAAAGAACUUCAGGAAGCCGGAUUGAUUUCACCUGAUGGAGCUUUCGUUACAAAUACCCCCCAACCGCCCAGAAAGAAACAAAAAACCAGCCACAAACAGUCUCCAUACGCACACAACACUCACACCAACAACCAGCUCACGCCGAAGAGACGCAUCGCACACACACCCAAACACCAUCCACAAGCGCACAAACAGAACACACACUUGAAUUUCAAGCAGAGCUCACAAACACCAGGAAACCACGGCAAACACACGCCUCAGAGCAGGUUUAAACCACAAAAGCAAAGCCAGAAAGAAGCCAAAAAGAAAACACGAUCUGAAGGUAUAGUUUUAGAUGAAGACGCAGACUUUCCUAGAGGCUGUGAAAAGAGCCCCCACACGACAAGAGUUUUUUCAUCACCUCGCAAAGCCAAUGUGACGCCGAAUAAGCCCUUUGGACUGGAAAAGAGCAAUAAAAAGAAAACGGAUAAAAUAUCGAAAAAGGAGGAGAGGAAAUGGAGAAAGAGACAAAAAAAAGCUACAAAAGGUUCUUCCGCGUAUCCCUCCGAUGAAAACCUUUUUCUGAUUAAACAAAGAAAGGUAUGAAGAUAAAAAAGGCAAAUUGUGUGAAUGGGACGUCAGGUGAUUCUCCGUCUACUGGUGGUUGGUUUUGGCCCAUCUUCCUCCAUUCACAUGCUUUUGUGUACAGUAUUAGGGCUUUUUAGGGUUGUCCAAAUCAGACCCUCUCACCCAAAUUCAGUAAACUGCUCAGUGCUUGACUGCAUUAUAUUAUGAUAUUCAUAUACUAAAUUGACGUUAAAAAGUACAUAAUUUUUUUGGGGGAAAAAUUAAUACAUUUAGCAAACAUCAAGGUAUUUUAAAAGCAAGUGUCCUGCUUGUUCAUGACGAGUGUGUAGAGUUUAUUAUUUUAUGUAGUACAUGCUGACUUCUGUAACAUCAUGAUUAAAUUAAAGUCUGUUUGUAUUGAUAAUCUGUUUG